UCUUUUUUGUAACAGAGAUCAUAGCCCUGUCAUUUAAAUCAAGUUCGAUCAGAAAGUAGAACAGCAGACAUUUUUCAAAACAUUUUUAAUUUAUAUUUUUAUUCAAACAAAUUCCCACCUCCUUGGUCUGUAGCAUUUUCCGGUACGCGACGAACGGUCUCAUAGUGCAUAAAAAAUCGAGUUUCCUGCAUUUUCAGGUGUCAAAAUAGCUAAUAUAUAGUGCGAAUUCUGACCCGAAAAUAGUGCUAUAUCACGGGGCAGGCCACUGACCACCAUAUAGACCGCAAGGGAAUACAGAUGAUGUGGCCACUGGCCCGGAAAAGGUCGUUGCAAAACGACGCAUGAGACUCGAAUUCCAAACCAGAUGAUAGAGUAGCGUGCUAGUGAGAGCGAGCGAGAGAGGGCGAGAGGAGCAGAGAGAGAGAGAGAGAGAGAGGAGCCCAGAGUACAGACAAAACUCCGAGCCCGUGUUCUCGUCCAUUUUCCGGCCGAUUUUACAGCCUACAUAGCCGCUAUAUAGUCGCCCGAAUGGCGGAGGAGAACCCCGGAGGUAAUGCCGGCAACGUGCCAGAUUCGGGAGCGGAUGAGGUGGGCGCAUCGGUGAUUGUGGAGCCGGGGUCGGAAGGAUCCAAUGCCGGAACACGUACUCUUCCGGCUGCGGCCAUGAAGUUCGCAGAUCUCACCGAGAGCGGCAGUGAGUCGGGGGACAACGAGGCCGAGGAACCCGUAGCCGCAGGUCCGGAUAAUACAAACGCCACCGGUGAGCCGGGCACCAGUGCAUCCGCUACGGAGGAGAACGGAUCAGCGGAGCGCUCCUCGCCGCCACCCAAUUGCGCCAUCUGCUUGUCCCGCUGCAGGAGGAAGUGCUUCACGGACUCGUGCAUGCACCAGUUCUGCUUCAAGUGCCUGUGCGAGUGGAGCAAGAUAAAGCCCGAGUGUCCACUGUGUAAGCAGCCCUUCAGGACCAUCAUACACAAUGUCCGCACCUUGGACGACUACGAUCGUUAUCCGGUGCAGACCUCAUCGCCGGUUCCAACGGAACAUCAUCCCUCCCUACGUUACCACAUAGUGAGGCGUCCCAGGUACAUGCCGCUAGUGCAGAACCAGGCCGUCAUGACCAACGACAUUGAAGCAGGCAUUGCGGGGGGAGCUGCUGGUGAAGAGGUGCUUCCAGCUGCAGAAGUAGCAGCUGGCAGGCACUCGUACAGCCGCUUCGAGCCGUAUCGCGUGGAGCUGAUGAACUACUACCGGCACGACCAGGAUGCAGCCACGUCGGGCUCGUUGAGCCAGCUCUGGCGACGCUACGUGUACGAUAGGAAGCUGUAUGCUCUGCCCGUCAGCGAUAGCUUGACGGGACACUUUCGAGAGUGGAGCGCCCGUUUCUACAGAAAUAAUCCCGCCCAGAUGCAUCGUCUGAUGCCUUGGAUCCAUCGCGACAUUAUGUGCCUGCUGAGAAAUGCCGCACAUAGCGUAAAUACUGUGAUGACGCUGAUGAACGAUAUCCUGCCCAUGAGCAACAUACUAGGACCCACAUUCCGUCGCCGGCUGUCGCCGUUUCUUGGCGGGCGCACCAGUCACUUCAUCCACGAACUCUUUAACUUUGCCCGCUCCCCUUUCGACAUGAUCGGCUACGACCAUGUGGUCCAGUAUUCGGCACGAGUGGCCGAGGAAGUGGAGGUGGAUCUGUUGGACAUGGUGGAGACACAGUCCUCGAACGGUGAUGAUCUGCAAUUGGAGGUCGGGGAUAGCGAUGCGGAUGCUGUAAACGCUGACUUCUCCGCCGAUUGGAGCCCCUCUAGGGUACGCCCGUCGACCAGUGUGAUUGUAACCAAUCCCGGUGCCACACAUUCCUUUAGCGUGACAAUGGCCAGUGAUGGCAGUGAGCUGCCGGGCAUCUCCAUACGCCGUACAACUACUUCCAAUGUGGGCUCCCAAACGGUGGCCAUCAACUUGAGCAUGAGACGGCCAGCGGCGGUUGCCAGCGAGGAAGCAGAGGUCAUUGAGAUUGACGAUGGCGAUGCGGCCGCAAAUGCGGAAGUGGCGGCCAUCAAUGAUGGCAGCAAUACCAGCAGGAGGCACGCAGGCGCUUCGUUGCCAGUGAGUGUGCACAUCGAACUGCAGAGCAGCAGCAGUUCUGGCGAUGACGAUGAGUGCGUCUUUGUGCUGGAGCUGAAGCCACCACACCUGCGCACUCCCGAGCAGGUGAGCCUCGACUCAAAUAGUGACUCCGAUGUUGUGUUCGUUAAUGAGCAGAACGAAGCUGCGCCGCCAGCAAGUGUCGACGACCGGGCGACACAUUCGCCGGUGGAUCCGGCCUCCAGGGAUCAGGGCCUGUUUAUGGGCCCCAGCACAAGUGGCGCAGCGGCGAACAGGGGCAAGAACUGGAAGCUGGUCAUGGCGGAGGCACGUCGCCUCGAUCAGUUGCGCACGCUGCGCUCCACACGUUCGAAGAGAUCACGUCAGCGGUCCUCCAUGCCUGCCCGCAGUGACAGUGGCAGCAGCAACAACAGCAGCUCCAGCAGCUCCUCCUUCCACUUCAGUAGCAGCAGCGAUGAGGACAGCAGUGCCAGUAGUACCACCAAUUCCGAGCCACCCAAGAAAAAAUCACGCAAGCCGGUGCCGAAGAAAAAACGUUCGAAGAAAGUAUCAAACGGGAAAAGGACAUCUCGUAAGCGGAAACCCAAAGAUCAGAAUGUAGAGCCGGAACUGAGCCACGAGCAGCUGGCAAUGCUGGAACAGCAGAGACAAGUGGCACAGCAGCAGAAGAGCCAACAGAAACCCCAGCAGCAACCGGAAAGCAGCAGUGACAGCCCUAGUUCGUCCGAUGACGAAUCAGGGGGCGAUAGCAGCGCGUCGUCCGGUCAACCCAAGACGAACAACAACAAUUCCAGUAGCGAUUCCGAUGAUGAUAGCACUGUAAACCUGCAGCUCAGUGCUUUACGGGCGACACUAAAGGCGGAGGCAACUCUGGAGGAUAGGAAACCACUAAAACUGGAGCUCCAGUUGCCCGAUGACGAGCAUCAGCAGGAGGUGCCACACAAUUCAGGGAUGACUUCAGCGCCAAGAGAGGAUACCGAACCGGGAUGCAGUGUACCGAAACGACGUCGCAGCUGCAGCCACAGCAAUCAGUCCAGUCAGAGUGCCAGUUUGGCCAGCAGUUCGACAGCCACAUCGAGCUCGGGCCAAAUAAGUUCGUUUGGCUGGGAGGCAGUGGUUUAUUCCGGCGAUCCUCUGAUGCGCGGCAAUCCAGCGAUGGAGGAGCACGACAUAGCCAACUCCCUAAUCGAACUCUCCACACUGACGCGACCUGUGGAGAUCGGACUCUUUAACGAGCAUUCUAAUUCGUCAGAAAAUUCCAUAGGCAUGCUGCGCAACACCAUUUGCGGCAGUCCACAAGCUUUGGCGGCGCAUGACACCAAUUUAGAUAUUUAUUUCGAUAGAGAUACGGGUCCGGAUGCCAGUAAUGAACGGGAUGGCUAUUCGGUAGAGGCCGCAAUCGAUGUGGUUGGAGAAGCAGAGUUGGAAGCCACCGAGGAUACAGCCACUGCCACCGAAGAACAAGAUGAGGAGGACGAUGAGGAUGAAGAUCAAGGUGAAGACGACCAGGAAGAGGAGAAAGCUGCGGAGGAGGAAGAGGAGGAGGACGAUGAUAGCGAUAACCACGAUGAAGAAAAGGAGUAUCGGGGGCUACUGCCGUAUCUAGCAUAAGCCGCUGUCGUUGAUUUUCAUUUAAGUUGCUAGUUUAAGGGAAUGUUUAACUGGUUUCCGUCUUGUCUUGUUCCGAUUCCUGAAAUCUCCGAAACUCAACAAAUAAUAUUUGUAAUUGAAAUUGCUAUGUAAGUAACUGCAACUAAAACCAGUAAGCGUAAGCUCAAACUAGAUGUAUUCUAGGCCUAGGAUUGCCAUUUUAAGUUGUACAUAUUUAAACAUCUAUAUCUAUAUAUAUAAUAUGUAUUAUGUUUACGCACCCAUCCAUCCACUGCAAGAUUAUUUAAAUUUUCUCUCAUACGUGUAGCCCACCCC